CCCCUCCCUAUCCACCCAACCACACAGCUACCAAAAACCAACCAGACCUAAACCAAAAAAAAACCCCCCCUUCCCCCCCAAAGAACUAGACAAAUGCCGCUCAUCCAGACUUGCUCCACCGAGUUCUCGGACCUGUUCCGCCCCUUCUUCGAGAACUGUCCACCCGAAAUCGAAAGGACCCAGGCCAUCCCAGUCGAACGUCCAACCAACCCAACGACCAUGUCCUCCUUCCCCCAGGUCCUGCAACAGCAACCCGCCCCUAUGGCCCAAGGGUUUUCACAGCCGGGCCAAGGAUCUUCUCAGCCAUUGCAGAACCUCCUGCUGAAUUUGGACCCGGUGCUCCAUCCAGACCCGUGUGGGAAGAUCGCGAAGGAGUUUUAUAGCCAUGCGCACGACAAGACGGACUAUCAAAUCAAGAGCGUGCACCUGCUCAGGAACCCGGUGAUCUGGAUGAGGUACCAGGCCGAGAAGCAGCUCCGACGACAGAUUGCGGCCCAACAGGCUCAAGCUCAUGCUCAGACUAGGAUGUCGAUGGCGAUGUCAACCUCAACCUCAACCUCGACAGGAACAGGAACAGGAACAGGAACAGGAUUACGGGCGACGACGGCGGCAACAGUGGGAAAGGGGGUAAAUGAUGUGGACCCGCAGUGGCUGUUUCGGGACGAGGUAUUGUUCCAUGGGACGCGUCAAGACCGGGUCGGGUCCAUACUGUUGAACGGACUGGACCCUCGAAUGACGGUCCGGGCGAAUUACGGCAAGGGCGUUUACUUCUCGGAUUCGAUUGAGAAGUGUAUGCAGUAUGUGGACCCACAGACGAGCUUCGACCAAGAGUUCUCGAUCGUGUUGUGCUGUGUGUUGCUGGGCAGGUUGAUGGUCGAGCCCCAUGAGAGGGAGGAGAGGAAGUUGGGGCACUAUACGAUGUUUGUGCCGGAGGGCUUUGAAUCUGCGGUCGCGUAUGAUGCUUACAAGGAGUGGAUUGUGUUCGAAAAGUCGCAGAUCCUGCCGCUAUGUGUGAUCAACUUCACGGCGACGAACCGGGCCGAUAGUUUCUACCGAUUGGGCGCCCACUAUGUCCUCUCCCGCGGCAUCGCGCAUCAAACUGCCAACAUCCACGAUACCCCGCCCCUGAUUACCGUCACCGUCCCAAAGGACCCUGCUGAAUGCCAGCAGGAACAGGGUGCGAUGGAGAAACUGCGGACGUGGCACGAUCCGGAUGGUCCGCUUUCGAGUCUGCUCUACAACGUCCUAGGGAUAACGCCGAAUUCGGCCAAGGUGUGCGAGAUCCAGUUUACAGAGUCCAUGGAGUGCGCCGUUUGGUUCAGGCAGACUCUGACCCAGGGUCAGUUCCAGUUUCUGGCUCAGGCUCAGGCUCAGGCUCAGACUCUGACGUCGACGACGACGGAUUGUUAUUGCUAUGUGAAGGACACGAAUCUCGCGAUGCUGCUGUUGGCGGCAAAGAAUGUGGAGGUGCUCGAGCAACGACUGAGGGAUGCUCAGCAGAGGACCCUACAAACGAUGCGUGUGGACCGGAACCUGAUUGAGGCCAGGCUCUCAGGGGUGAGGGAUGCGAAUAGGCUGUUGGAGACCAUGGCAAUAUUGGAACCAGAAUUACAGCGAAUCAAUGCGGAGGGAGUGACCUAUCAUCAAGAGCUGCUGCAGCUGCGACAGCUCGAGGCGAGCCUGCAACAGGCCAGCUGGCAAGAGCGUAAUGAGCGUCAGCAAAGGAUUCGUCUGUAUGAUCAACGGCUGAAGGAGUUGGUCACGAGGAAUAGCGAGUUAACAAAGCCACUUUAUGAGACGUGGACCCAAGGUCAAAUUGAUAGCGCAUACGCAGCGUUGGAGAUGAAGAAGGGGAUGGAGAGGAAGGUACAGGGGGAUUUGCAGAGCCAAACGAGACAGCAGGAGGCGAUUGACGCUGAGAAAUCAAGGUUGAGGAAUCAAGCGAAUGGGUUGUUUGUGCGUGCUACGAAACAGGAGCUAGAUUUAAGGCUCUUGCUGGCGAAGCGGGCUCGCGAUGCGAAUGAACGGGCCGCGAGCGCGAACAACACCGGGAACAGACAGCAGCAGCAGCAACAAGGAUUUCAGACCAAGGAGGUGAAGGUACGCACAGAGACCGCAAGGGUGUGGCCGCAGAUCGUGGCCGAGUUCCUGUUGCCGCAGGCAAUGUUCAACCAGCUGGGGCGGACGAACAAGACCUUGAACUUCACGAACUGUUCCAAACCCUGGGGCCACAUUCCGGACGAGGGCGAGGCCUGGUGGGAAUAUGCAGCAAAGAAGUUGUUCCAGGCCGAGGUUGCGUCUGCGGAGUUCUGGCCGCUCUGUCCGAGACAGAGGUUGCCGAACCGGCGGAUGUUCUAUAUGACGGAUUAUGUGGAGUGGUUGUUUCUGGAGAAGGAGAAUCGGAUCCGGAAGCGGGAUUGGAGGCUCAAUCGACUCUCUGGGCAGACUCAGGGUCAAGCUCAGGGCCAGGGUCGGACGGACAUGGUGCCGCCGCAGAAUCUGUUGCAGGACAUGGAUUUGGGGGCAUUUUUUCGGGAACAGUGGGGUCAGCUAGACCCAAGCAUUCCAAGCUCGAUCCAGGACCUGUCGAGCCGGUCCGGAACAGUGGUUUUCAAGAGGGAGGAGCGGCAGAAGGAGUUGGAUCAGCGGAGCACGGGUCUGCUGAGCUUAUUCGUUGCGGCAGAUCCGGAUAUGCUCUCGUCUCUAUCGUCAGGGACGUCCGAAGCUCCGAACUGUCCGAUCUGUAAGGAAGCGCUCGAGCUCCCCGAACCCGGUAGCACAGCCGCUUCCGAGACGGUGGUAAAGCUGAAGAGUUGUCGGCACUGCUUCCAUUUAGAGGGAUGUAUUCAGCCGUGGUUCGAGUUCGAGAAUUCACAGCUCAGGUGUCCGAUGUGUAGUGUGAUGUGCACGACCGAAACCUGGGACGGAUUGACUAAGAGUACGAUGCAAAGGAACCAACUGCUGAAGCUGGGACCAAUGCCGGAUAGUACGAUGGGCUACUUCUUUGAUGUCCGACUUGGGUGCUAUUUCAUCUACGUGAUGACACCUUCGCAUAAGAUCCCGAACCCGGACCCCCAGGCCCCGCCUGGGUCGAAGGUCGAGGUCAGGGCGGAUACCCGCUACGCGGUCGUUCCUUUCUCGGCACGGAUGGGCCCCUUGUUAAUGAUCCGAUUGAUCUGUUUGUUUUAUUAUGGACAUCUAUUCGCUGUUGGACGGUCGGUGACGAGGGGGGUCGAUAAUGUUGUAGUGUGGAAUGGAGUCCAUUUGAGGACAGCCAUGACGGGGGCGUAUGGGUUCCCAGCACCGCAUUUUGAGAAGACAUGUUGGGAGGAGAUCAAUAAGAAGGGCAUCGCCAAGGGGUUGGAGGAGCUUUUGUUGGGGAUGCCGUUACCGGAUGGGACGGAUGUGCCUGUGCCUGAGGGUGGAGUUUUAGGAGGAGAGGUGUUGCUGCCGGCGGAGGUUGUGGAGGAGCUGGCGGAGGAUGAGAGGCUGAGACGGAUAUUCCAUAAGGAUCAGCCAUUGCUCUUUCGCGUGUGAGAGACACAGCAUAAACCAAUGCACGGAUUUCAAAAGCAGCAGCCAAAAGUAGUAGCCAAAAAGUAGUAGCCAAAAGUAACUAAAGAGGCAGUAAAGAAGCAGUAAAGGAAAAGAGUCCCU